AUGUCUAGCUACUCUUUACUCUCACAGGAGCGUGCUCCCUAUAUUCGAAUUCCUGAGCCACAGAAUGCUGGCUACGAAAUUGUCGAAUCGAGUCCCGCAAAGUCCCUCAGAGUUCAGCUGUGCAAGGAAACAAGCACAGAGUCGAAGCCUCAGAAAGUAACACUUCACCACUCCAGCCUCAAAUUCACAGACCUGUUAUUAGAAGAUGCCUCGAGGGUUCCUCCGGACAAUAACAACUCAGCCUGGGCUCGAGCUAAGAGGAGUCCUUUAUCUAACAUGUCCUGGGAAGGAAAUGAUACUCCCACCGUUGGUCAGAUCUGGAUUAUCGUCUAUGCCAUUCUCACUGUCCGGCCCGAGCUUGAAGUGUUCAGAAUCACAUUAAACGGGACUGCGAGUGAUAUUCUAGCACAUCAGCUAGAAGCCGUCGGGCUUGCCAUCGCUCACCCUGCGCCUAGUGCACCACCAGGCCAGCCUGUUCCGACCUCGGACGACCAUGUUGGCCAACUGGUUGUCCUUCGCCGAUCAUUCUGGCAAGGCGCCGGCUCUCCUUUUGGACCGAGGCCGAUCUGGGUUGCUGGGACUGAAAGCUCAGAUAUCUCCCCAUCAUUUGAGUCUGCCUUCCCUCCCAGAGCACUGGAUUAUUCUUUGACCACUAAGUUCCCCUCCUCGCGCAUUCACACUACUCACCCAAUCCGUCCUGUGAAGCCAACGCCAGGCUCUACCAUCUAUAGCCGUUAUAUCCCACACUUGAAAGAGACAUUCUCUAUGGUUGCCCUUGACUGGACUAAUGAGGAACAUGUCAAUUAUUUCCAUGUAUGGCAGAAUGACCCUAGAGUUGCGGCUGGCUGGAACGAAACCGGAACAUUAGAGCAGCACCGUGCAUAUCUGCGGAAUAUUCAUGAAGACAUCCACCAGUUCCCUGUGCUGGCCAAAUUUAACGAUACGUUCUUUGCAUAUUACGAAAUCUACUGGGCCAAGGAGGACGCCAUUGGGCCAUACUAUGAGGCUGGUGACUUUGAUCGUGGCCGACAUUUCCUAGUAGGAGAUGCUCGUUUCCGUGGGCCCCAUCGUGUCAAGGCCUGGCACACCUGUCUUACGCACUACAUGUUCCUCGACGACCCUCGUACCAACUUGACCGUUGGUGAACCGAGGGCAACAGGCGCCAAGGUCCUUGCAUACGACCAGGCAAAUGGCUACCACAUUAACAAGUUUAUUGAUCUGCCUCACAAGCGUGCUGCCUUGAUCAUGUGCCCUCGGGAGAAGUUCUUCCAGGAACCUCCGUUUGAGUACAAGGAAAGCUCAUGA